AGAGAACUUACCCCAUGGGAGAGCACAUAUCUAGACGAGAUCCAUGGCAAAGAAAUCGAGAAGAGUACGAGCGACAACUCGUAGAAGGCCGAGGAGCAACGGGGGGUGAAGUUCAGAAUGGUGAAGAUGAUGGUGCGCUCAAUUUUCUAAUCCUUGAGGACAAGGAAAGUCUCGAAGAGGAGGGGAAUGAUACGGAAGUGGUCAUCAACCCCGGCGAGUCCGACGAGGAAGGUGACGAUGGUCUCGACAUAUGGCUGAAAAACAUGCUGGAGGAGCCAACUAGUCCAAUAUACCGGCCAUCAUGCGUACGAGAUUGGCCAAAAGGGUAUGGUCCAUGGGCUAAGUUGAAGGUCAAGAAGCGUCGGGCCAAAAGGCGACGCAAAACAAAGGCGCAAAAGGCGAGCCAAUGUUGUGGACCGUGCACUAGGAAGAGACGAGCUCAAAAGAAGGAGGCUAAAAGGCGGGGUUUGCGAUGG